AUGAAACCAUGGAACUUUCAUGCGUACAAUGACUCUGAUUGGAAGAAACAUUACGACCCUGUUGCAUUUUAUAAGUGGCGUCGAAUUCAGCAGAACGUGCAACACCUAUUGAGACGUACACAACGCACUAUCUGUGACAACUAUUUGGAUACAACCACAAACAUCACUCAUUUCCCUGUCCAAGAUCAAUUCUCGGUCAUGAUCAGUACUUAUAACCCUGAACGUAUCCAGCAUUUAUCUUUGAUUAUUAGACACCUGUUAAAAUCUGAAAAGAUACACACUGUCUUUGUUACUUGGCACAAUCCUCAUUUAGACGUUCCCCGUUCCUUGUUUCAAAAGAUCAGAAAGGCUGAUUACAGUCGAGUCAAGGUCCUGAAGCAGUCGUUUGAUUCUUUAAAUAAUCGUUUCAAUCCAAGCAGUGAAUUGCAGACUGAUUCUGUUUAUAUUAUGGAUGAUGACAUUUAUGUUGAUAUCAAUGAUUUAGAAUUCACAUUUACUGCUUGGCAAUCUUACAAAGAUAGCGUGGUGGGGCAUUUUCCUCGUAUGCACACUUAUGAUCCCGAAACAGAAUUGGCAACGUACAAAGUAGUUGGAAAUGCGCCUUAUUCAAUUAUCUUGACCAAGAGUAUGUUUAUCCGGUCAGACUACUUAUUUAGUUACACAUGCCUUUUAGAACCCCAAUUGCAUGCUUCUGUAGACAGUCAAUUAAACUGUGAAGAUCUAGGAUUUGCAAUGAUGGCCUCUGGACUAAGCGGAGCCCCACCUACAGUUGUGCGCACCGCGAAAAGCAUGGAGGAUUUCGGUCUUCGAAAGGGAAUUAGCACGAAUGCAGCCCAUAUGCCCGCUCGCUCACAAUGUAUUUCAGACUUCAUCAGCGAUUACUGGCACAAGGUGGACCCUUUGAAAUCUUCCUAUAUAUCCAUUGCUCCCUUUACCAGACCCAGGAUUCGAACAGGGAAUUGGAGCCGUAUUGAAAAAACCAUCAUGUCACAAAAAAAGAGAUAA